UAGUGUGUGAGUGGAUCAGUCCGAGCAGGCAAAAUGGCGUCUCCUCUUCGUCGCCUGAACCAUCGGAUAUAAUCCUUCUGUGACUAAACAGCUCUGGAUUCAGCAGUCCAACACAACUUUAUACUCUUUCUGUUUUGUGCGCUGCUGCUGCCGCUUCACGUUUUAGCAUAAUGUCAGACUCAGAAGAAGACAGUCAAGACCGGCAGCUUAAAAUAGUGGUGAUUGGAGACGGCGCUUGUGGGAAGACAUCACUUGCCACCAGGUUUGCACAGGAGGCCUUUGGGAAGCAGUACAAACAAACCAUCGGUCUGGAUUUCUUUCUGAAGAGACUAAGCCUUCCAGGCAAUUUGAAUGUGACCCUGCAGGUGUGGGACAUUGGAGGCCAAACAUUAGGAGGGAAAAUGCUGGAUAAAUAUGUAUAUGGAGCUCAUGGAGUUUUACUGGUCUAUGACAUCACCAAUCACCAGAGCUUUGAGAACCUGGAGGAUUGGUUCAUUAUGGUAAAAAAGGCCAACGAGGAGUCUGAUAUUCAGCCUGUUAUCUCCCUGGUGGGCAACAAAAUCGACCUGGAGCACAUGAGGACCGUGAAAGCUGACAGACACCAGCGCUUCUGCCAAGAGAACGGCCUCAUCAGUCAGUUUGUAUCAGCUAAAACAGGGGAUUCGGUUUACCUUUGUUUCCAAAGAGUGGCUGCUGAGAUACUUGGUGUGAAGCUUAAUAAAGCUGAGAUAGAACAGUCCCAGCGUGUUGUGAAAGCGGACAUUGUGAACUACAGUCAGGACCCUGUGGCCAGGAGCGUGAACCCACCUCGCAGCUCCAUGUGUGCGGUGCAGUGACCUCCCUAAAAAAACCCACAUACGCAUGCAUGCACACACGUACAGAUGUGGUUACAACAACUUGCAGUCAGUAUUGGUUUUUAGGACUUUUGUGGUGACUGGAUGAAAUUCAACAGAAUGUGUUCAGACUGUGUUCUCUGCAGGGGUCGGAUGAAGACAGAAUAUGUGCUUUUGAAGUCCUGUCCUGCAGUUCAUGUUGAGCAGAAUCUUUAUUUAUUUUUUAUUUAGUCCAGAAAGUUCAAGUUUACCUGCAGCUUUUAUCUUAAAUUACCACAUUAAUUAAUUUUUUAUAUAUAUAAAAAAAUCCCUUUAAAGCACCAUACCAGUACUUUUUAUCUGCUUAGUUAAAGUCCAUGUGCAGUUAACAUUUUGGGACAGUUUCUGCAAUUUGAGAUUUCUUAAAGGGGUCAUAUAAUAUACCUUCAGAGCAAGCUAAUAUACAUUGUCAUGUGUCUUAAAAACACAGCUGGUGUAAUGCAUCUUAAA